AUGUAUGAUCAUAUGUUGCAGAGUUUCCCACAUUAAACAUCCACUCUCUCUGUGGAAGUGAGCGCUGCGGCGCAAACGGCGCGUCUUCGCAGCAUCACUGCAGCUGCUGCAUUGAGGGAGUUCCUGGAUGCUGCGCUCCUCUUCCCCACGCAGGCAUGACACACUUAGUGGGCUGCAGAACCGAGCCGCGGGACAGACGCGCGGAGCCGCAGCAGCAGCAGGGCAAAGUCGGACCAGAACAACGCGGAGACACAAUCAAAGGAAACAGGCGAUGACGAUGACGGCGUGUCCGCAGGAAUGAGCGGAGGGGAAGAAUGAAACGGAGCGCCGCGGGUUGGAGGACGGUGGCACUGACAACGAUGAAGAUGACGAUGACGAUGAUGAUGCUGCUGCUGGUGGGGACGUGUCGGUCAUGAGGACGCCUCCGCUCGGACGCUCGCACCGCCGUUGGUCGUCGUGCUGGUAAACCUCGGAUAUCACCGAGAGUUUAACGAAGCGCUAUUCUGAGGAGGUGGGCCAAGUCCCAGGGGGAGAGAGAGGGGGAGGGAGGGGGGAGAGAGAGGCCGGGGGUUGUUGCUGCUGCUGUCAGUGAUGCGAAUCGACGCCGAGGAGCCGAUGGAACCAAGUUGUGGACGCAUCUCUGUGCAGUUACGUGUUAGCGUCUAGCGUGGUGGAGUCCAGUUGCACUUGGCUUCCUGCCUGUUGAGAUGUGCCAAUAGGAAACACAGUGAGCAGGGGUUCAUGCUGAUGAAAUUGAUCUGCUCAGUGAGCUCCAACCAGAGCCAUGGGGAGUUCCCAGACUGCCGGAGCGAGAGGGAGUCGGGGGCGGAGGCGUCUCUCCUGGUGUCUCCUCUGGUGGUGGCGGGGAUCGUUAUAGGUCUGGUCCUCUUCCUCUCCUGCGUCACCAUCAUCGUCGGCAGCCUGCGCAAGGACAGUCGCCUGCGAAACCCUCACCUCCGUGCGAGCUACGCACCGGAUGGUUUUUCUUACGGCGGAUCAGUCGGAGAACUGAGGUCAACCUGCAUAGAAGACUUUCCUGCUGCUUUGGACUUCGAGUCGUUCAGAGAGACUCUGUCGCAGGUCAACAACCUUUACCCCGACUCACCUCCGCGUUACGAUGAGUGCGUUGGUCCUGGUUCCACUCAGAUCUACGUACCCACCGACGACCCGCCCCCCUACUCCCUGCUGGACCCGUGCCAGACGGGAGCGGAGGAGCGGCUCAGCUGCGACGUGGACCCCGAGCGGAGCCCCGGCGGCGCCGAGUGGACCCCCCCCUCCCCCCACGGGCCGGGCCUCCAGGAGCAUCAGCACGUGGCGUCCAUCUCCUUCCCGCUGGAGGCGGCGCCGCCUUACGAGGCGGUGUUUGCGCAGCAGCCCCUCCCCCUCAUGCCGUGUGACCUUUAUAAACACCCAUCAGGGAGGAGGGACCACGGCACCUCCCAGCAGCCGGGGGCACACCGCAUCCUGUAGGACGCGUCCUCCGCCCUGUGCUGCUGCUCGUCCCCAGUUGACCUCGGCCACGCUUGUGAUGUGGGCCAGAAAAUGUGGACAAGUGCGUCUAAUGGGACGCGCGCGUCCUCCACGCGGCCGCUGACGCCCCGCGAGGCUGAAUGUGAGGCCGCCGCAGAGACUCCUCGCCUGCGUUUCACAGGACGGACUGAAACACAGCUCCUGCAAUGACUUCUGAGGACCACGUCCGUCCUCCACCUGUUAAUGAAAUCACUUUCUAGCUCAGUCCAUGUUUUGACCUUGUAGUCUCUGUCAGGAUCCCAUCGUUUCUGCUUCCGGCUGCAGAGCGCGUCGCGCUCCUCGCGUCAGGAGAGCGUGUUUCCUGUAGGUUGUAGUAGUGUAGCUUCAAGUGACACAGCUCCUCUGGCGUCGUUCGUGGCGUUCUGCUUAUUCCUGAUGUUCAUCAGCACCAGUCAAGGCGUUCGUUUCAAGCAGCCACUGUUGUAGAGACCGUCUUGACUUUAUCUCAAAGGGCUUUGGUUGAAUAUGUCGUAACUGGCCCUCAGCAGCAAAAUGUAGCUCAGACCCUCCUGUUGAUGAGGUCGGGUCAAUGCAGCAGGAAUUACACACAAACUGUAGACUUCAGCACGUGUUACGCUGGAGAACGCGUCGGAUGGGUCCGUCCUCGUCUUUACUUCUGUUUCAUUCUCUCAAAGCGUUUCCUUGGCUUAAAGGCAAAACUCGCUGUAAGAAAGACGCGCUGAGGCCGGAGAGGAAGUGGAUAAAAACUUUUUCAAUUUUAAUUAAUCAUUGAUCACUAAUUGAACCAAUAAAGCAAAGUGAGGAUGAUAACAGCUGAUAGCAGCCAGUUAGUGAGUAACAGCAAAUCAAAUCCUGCAGCCAAACCGCUGAAUGCGUCACAAAUCAGCACGUUUACAUCACUUACUGCAUUCUGAUACCGAAAGAGACGGAGGAUGAAAAACAGGGUUUUUCCUGGAGACACUGUAACCUGUAGACGUCACAUCAUCAUUUAUCACCAGUUUUCAAAGUCAUGAGGCCGAACCAAAUGUCUAUGUUUCUAUUUAAAUCAUUUAUCCUGGUUUAUUUUUGUAUCUUUCUUUGUCUUUGUGUGUUAAAAUGUGCCUGAUUGCCCUCAGACUGUUAGCUUAAAUAUUGUAGCCAUAAUAACCCCAAUGCAAAUAGUGCUUUUCCCUGUUUUCCCUGGCUUUGGUUCAGUGAUGUGGUGUGAAGGACCUAAAUCAUUCAUUGAUUUCACUGAGCUUUUAGCUUUGUGUUGUUUCUUUCAGUCAACUGUAGAAAUCUUUACUUUGUACAGUAUCAAAUCAUUGUUUUAACAGCUGGUCAAUUAUAAACAUAAGUUUGUGUUUCCUUCUUCAUGUAAAGUCACGCCCUAUUUAUGCACACACCAGUUUUAUUUUGUCUCAUGUUGUUUGAAUGCAUAGAAAGGUCAUAUAUUUGAGCCAUAGGUUGACUAUUGGUGUUGGUAUUGAUGCAUUGUAAAAUUAAUGUAAAUAAUUUAUUAAUAUUUUAGUAUUAGGCCAAGUAAAGUUAAAAAAAUAAACCAGAACAAUAAAGACCCAUAAUGUGAACCAGUCCCAGUUAUUCUGAAAACAUUAGAAGCUCCUGUCAGAAGGACUCAGUGUAGUUCUGCGCACGAACCCACUAGAGGGCGCUGCAGAGCUACAAUGUCUUUAUAUAAUCACACGGACAUGAGUUGUAUCACAUGGGUUUAUUGGUCAUAUUUAUGUGAGGUGAAGAGCAUUUACCUUCUUAUUAGAUUAGAUGAAAGGUAAAAUUAAAGACAUAAGGGUGAAGUUGUAUUAAACUGUAUUACAACACAUGCUGAAGUGUGAAACAUCCCUUGACCAACUUGAGAAAAGUCAAUUUUCGAGUCCCACCGGUUGAGCACAUGAACACAUCAUUACUGAUGCUACGAUGCUGUAUCUUCCUCCUGUAGAUGAACAGUAUGUAAAAGUCUUACAUGUAUCGCUUCCUACGUUUCUUUCUUUUGUUCUUUUCCUCCUUCAUGUUUAAAGACAGACUUCAUGUAUAUACAGUGGAAACUAUGUUAGAAUUCUUUCUUUAUGUUCAAUAUUAUACAUUUUGUUAAACAGUUUCUUCUGUAGAGAAGAGGGAAUAAAUUGAGCUCCUCUACCA